UCUUUUCUUUGCCUUCGCCGGCCUGACGGACUUACCCUUACCUAUUGUGAAAAUGGCUGAAUGGGAAGCACCUAACGUGACGAAGGACGGCACAACGGAUUCAAAUAUUCCCAUAAUGAAGCUUCCCUCGCCCUCAAAGUCAGACUUGCGGAGUGCAUUUGAGCAAGCUGAAGAUGAAGAUAGUGUUAUGGCUUCUCUUGGACCAAUAUCUCCUUUCACUGGUGAAGAUUCCAAUCCUGGCCCCUCAAACUUUGAUGAUAUGGAAUGGGAUGAAUCUGAAAGCAGAGAUGGUCCCAGUGCAUGUGACCCUCAAGACCCACCUGGGACUACAGACAUAGUCGAAGAGCAACGCCAAAGAGAAAUUCUUAAUCGUUAUCUAAACAAAGAGAUAUCUUUUGUGGAGUAUGCACAAUUGGCUGACUCUGAAGAUGUUCCAAGUGAAACUCCUGCCGCUGAGACACUGACUGGUGAGAGUGGCGCUAAUUUGUCUAGCUGUGAGGCUUUUGAAAAGGAGUUAAAACCGCGUCUCCGAAGGCGUAAAAGAAUUUUACCUCCAGCCUUACAGGGGCUUUUGGGAGAGGCUAAUUUAACAUAUGCUCGAGGUGACCAUGCAACUGCUGAAAAAAUGUGCCUGGAAAUCAUUCGUCAAUGUCCUAAUGAUCCAGAAGCAUUCAACACUCUGGCUCAUUUGUAUGAAGAGCAAAACCUUCCAGAAAAAUCAUUACAGGUUGCCCUUAUUGCAGCUUUGCUAAGUCCAGGUGAUCCAAACCAGUGGAUCCGGUUGGCCUUGAUGUCUGAAGAGCAGGGCAACUUAAAACAAGCUAUUCAGUGUUACACAAGAGCCAUUCGUGCUGAUCCAUCUAAUAUUGAAACUCAUAUGAAGCGAGCUUCACUCUUUGAACUAGUAAAAGAUCAGAAAUCUGCUAUAAAGUGCUAUACUCGUCUAUUGAGUGUUCUUACUCCAGAUAAUGGCCCUCUCAUUCUGGAACUUGCUAAGAAAGUCUCUUAUUCUCAUCACAAAGAUGGUGACUUGUCACGAGCAAGAGAAGCUAUGGAAAUGGCAUUUUUGAAAGUUCCAGAUGAAGUUCAGUCUGAGGAAGUUAAUUUAUUUUUGGAUUUACUCCUGCAGUUGCAAGACUAUCCAAGAGUGUUAGAAAUUAUGGUCUCUCACUGUGGUGUUGAGGUUCUAACUGAACAGUCAGAAGAAAAUGAUCCUAUUGUUACAAGAUGUGAUUUUCCUGAAGAAAUCCCCAUGGAUUUAUGGGCCAAAUUAGCUGUUGUUUUGAUUCAUCUGCGUACAAUGCACUUAAUUGAAGAUCUUAUUGAAUACCUCCUUCAACGUGUUGACUGUGAGGUUGCUGGAGAUUUAUACUUGGAUGUAGCUGAAGCUUUGAUGGCUGUUGAUCGGCAUCAAGAUGCCUUGCGACUGCUGCGGCCCUUGGUGGAAAGCAAAAAUUACAGCCUGGCUGCUGUGUGGCUCAGACAAGCCGAAUGUCUUCGAGUAUGUGGACACAUUGAAGAAGCAGUGGAAGCUUAUGAACAAGUGGUGGAUCAAGCUCCUCAGCAUAUAGAUGUUCGUGUGACUUUGUCCACACUUCUCACCUCUCUUGGUCGUGAGGAGGAAGCUAUUUCAGUUUUAACGCAAGAUGCUGACCGUGAGGUCUUAGAUCCAGGGUUGUUGUACAAAAGAGCCGUUCUUUUGAGAGAUGGUGGGCUAGAAAGGGGAGAAGAAUUUCUUGCAGUUGGACAGCUUCUCUUAUCGCGCCACUGCGUUCGGAUCAGAAAUAGGGAGGAAUUAGAUGCAUUAUGUCGACUAAGGCGCAUUGAUAAAAAGAGUACAGCCUUAAAAGAAAUUCGAGAUUUAAGGGGGGAGGCGCAACAAGAUCAGGAUGCCCCUGAGUUUACAUAUGGGGAGCGGGAACCAAGCAACAAAGAGGAAUGGGAUCUCUUACGAGACUUGUGUCAAACCUGCCUCCAUUUUGGACGUUUUGGGCAGCUUGAACGCCUUGCAUUAUCUGCUUUAGGCUCAAAACGUUUCUAUACCGAUGCCAUGGGGCCUGAAGUAGAAUUCUUAAGCCUACUGGCAUGUUUGCACAAUGGUGAUGCAUAUUAUGGCUACAACCUUGCAAGAGAUCUUGUUGUACGAGAGGUGAACAGUCCUCGAGCUUGGAACUUAUUUAACCUGGUAAUUCAGAGGGCGGAUGAUGUGCGUCACAACCGUUUCAUCAUGCGUUUUCUUUCGAGACAUCCUAAUCAUCCAGCUCUAACAGUACUACAUGCCAAUAACUGUCUGGUUGCUGGAACGUAUAAAUAUGCUUUAAAUGAAUAUGCUGCAGCUUUUAAGAGGGAAGAAAGUCCAAUGCUAGCAUUUUUAAUUGGUGUUACAAUUAUUCAGAUGGCAUGUCAAAAAUUUUCUGCUAAGAAACAUUCUCUGGUUACUCAAGGCAUAGCUUUCCUGUGGCAGUAUAAAGAUCUCAGAGGUCCUAGUGGACUACAAGAAGUUUAUUAUAACAUUGGCCGUGCAUUCCACCAGUUAGGCCUGCUUCCAGCAGCUGCUCAUCACUACAAACUUGUACUUAACACACCCCCCUCUGGUGAACCCAUGCUGGAUCUUUGUCAAGAGGCAGCCUUUAACUUACACUUGCUCUAUUUAAAUGCAGGAUGUAAAGAUUUAGCACAAAUGUAUUUGGAUAAAUAUAUUGUUGUCUAGCUAUUGUUUUUGUUAGUGGAUGGCAAGUUUCAAUGCACUGUGAUAUGUAAUUUAUUCGUCUAUAUUUGUGUACAAGUACUCUACUGAUGUUCCUCUUCUAUUUCUCUGACGUGCUGUUUAACUACUGAAGUAUUUUGUAUGAUUUGAGCACUUGGCUAGACAGACAUGCAAUUAUGAACUGGU